GUAGAGAAAAAUGUCUUCAAACGGUGGAAAAUAUGCUGCUAAACAACUUCGAGCUGGAAGAUAAGGAUCUUAAAUCUUCAUUUUGUGUCUGUGAAGAAAAAGAGAAAGAUAUCGUAGAAUUGCGACAGCCAAUGAAACUACCAUCGAGUCUAAUUUGCAACAUCCUCCCAGUAACAAAGAAUGGGGAAAAACAGCAUGUUCGCCUUAAGUUACAGGAAUUAAUUGGCGUUCACGACUUGUUGGGACGAAGACAUACAUACAAACUUUCAGCUUUUAUAACACACUAUGGAAUUGAUGCAAAAGAGGGUCAUUUCAACUGUACGGUUUUACGAAAUAAAAGGUGGUUUCUAAUCGACGACAAACUGGUCAAGCCACAACAGUUGUGCGAAACCAUCUUCAACGGAGACGUAUAUAUGCUGUUUUACAGCACAGAAGAACAUUUUGAGGUUCAAAUUAUGACUGAUGAAAGUACAUCGAUAUCAGAGCAAGACCAGAUAAAGGAUAAAAUGGAAGUAACGACACCUCCGAGUCCACCUGAAUGUGUACAGGACAGUACACUCACAGAAAAGGUUGACAGGUAUUGGGACUUGCGCAAGGGACAUCAGCUACAUCACAUUGUAUCACACAUCAACGGAACGCCGUUAAUGUAUUACGACAUCAAGCUGCUUGACCAAGCGCCUUCCGACUAUGAAAAAACAUUGCUUGAACAAUACGCAACCAAACAUGGAGAAACGUAUAACGAAGGAUGGCUAAAUGAUAAGAUAAUAAACAAUUUUCUAAUCGACGUACAAAGAAAAUCUCAGGGUACCAAUCGUGUAGCAGUCAUGAGCAGCUUCAUGUACACAAAACUAUGUAAAUAUGGCGUCCAUUCCAUAACGAAAUGGAUUCAAAAGAACCCAUUCUUUAAAGCAGACCUGUGCUUCAUACCAAUAAAUUUGGACAAUAAUCACUGGAGUCUUGGGGUAGUGGACUUUACUUCAUGUACCAUAUUUCUUUAUGACCCUAUGGCUAUGGCGAUGUUAAGAGAAGAGAGAAGCUUCCACAAAAAAAUUAGAUUACUGAUAGCACACCUUCAAGCAAUAUGCCCAGAAAUGAGUCCACCAGAUGUUAAAUAUUUUGAUAACUCCACAAAAUUUGAGCCCAGACAACUUGAUGGAAGUUCAUGUGGGGUUUUUGUAUGCAUGGUAGCUGAUUAUAUGGUCAAUGGUUUGGAUGUGAACUUUACACAGGAAACAAACUGAACAUUGCAAUGAGGAUGACCAUGCCACAUACACACUUAAAGCAAAGGUUAGAAAUAUUCUGUCUCUAUCAGAUGAUGGCUUAGAGUCUGUCUUUAAAGAAGUAUUAAAGGAAGGUGAUAAAGGAUUCUUAACAAUUAGCUUGGUUUGUAAGCGAUUUAGACAGAUAGUGGGAAGAGACUCUUUUAGACGCACCACUCACUUCGCCUGGUUAAACAGUGUGUGGGAAUGGAAUUCAUCAUCAAAAGAAUUCAAAGAGGAGAAUUACAAAAUGUAUGAAAUAAAAACUUGUUUUCAAUGUGGCAUGUCAUUUAAAGAAAUGUAUGGCUUUAUUGGAAAUGGUAAAUUUGGCGAGUUCAGAAAAUUUUACUCAACUCUUGAAUAUCCAGGAUUCUGCAGUAAAGAGUGCAUUAAAGAAAGCUAAUUAAUAAAGUUGGAAGUAAUUACAUCAGGACUAUAUAUGGCAUAAACCUUUAAGAAAACAUCAUGUUUCAUAAUAUCUGUUGAACAUAAUACCAGGCUGAUAUUUUCACAGAUAGCUGCCACUGUUAAGCCGGUU